AUGAAAAGCAUCAUAAGACAGCGUAUCUGGUGGCCUGGAAUUUCUAAGGACGUUCAAGACUGGGUAGAAUCCUGCAAGGUUUGUGCCCUCAACGGAAAGCCGGAGAAGACGAGUCCAAUGGAACGCAUUUUUGUGCCUAAAGCUGUGUGGGAAACAGUGGCCAUUGAUUUUAAUGGCCCAUACGUAAAGUUUGGGGGUAUUUCAAUACUCGUACUCGUGGACUACAGGUCCAGAUUUCUUAUAGCAAGACCCGUUAAGUCAACCACUUUUGAGUUUACGAGGAAAGUACUCGAAGAUAUAUUCGAUCGUGAGGGCUAUCCCAAGUUCAUCAAAUCAGAUAAUGGCCCACCGUUUAACGGAGACGACUAUAAGCGGUACUGUGCUCAACGGGGGAUAUCCACAAUUUAUUCGACUCCACUUUUUCCGCAGCAAAAUGGGAUGGUAGAAUCCUACAUGAAAGUUAUUAACAAAGCAAUGGCUACAGCUUCCAUGGACAAAACUAACUUUGUUGAGGAGCUUCGAGAUGCAGUUAAUGCACAUAAUGCAGCAGCCCACAGUGUGACACGAAUUCCGCCGGAGGAAGUUAUGUCGGCACGCAAAAUCAAACGGGGACUCCCCUUGCUAGAACGCGGUAAAGUAUCAUUUGACGAAAAGCUAUUUGAAAGCAAUGACCGGCAAUCGAAACUGUUGGGGAAAACUCGCGAAGACGCCAGACGCGGAGCAAAAUCAUGCAGGAUAAAACCAGGGGAUACCAUAAUUAUAGAACGGCAUAAUCGAGCUAAAGGUGAAACUCGUUUUCAUCCUAAAAGGUAUAUUGUCCAGGAGGAGAGGAACGGCAGCUUAAUUGUGAGCGAUGAAAAUGGACAGGUACUCAAACGGCACGUCUCUCAAACCAGGAAGGUGCACCCAUGGCGUACUGGUUGUGUUGCGCAAAACGAUACUGGUAUGGAAACGCCUGUAACCAAGAUUAAAGUUGACAAAACGGCAAGUUCUGAUUCUUCUGUCUCCAAAAAUCCAACGCGAGACAGUCGAAAGCGCAAAACUCCGAACUAUCUUAACGAUUAUGUUCGCUCAUUGCACGAAGAUUAUACGCGUCAAUGGUAA